UGCGAGAGGAGUUUGGGAUUUCAUUGGGGAAGGACUUCCUUUGUAGUUGCUGCUGGAUGGAAGCUGCGCUGCGCUGCGUUGCGCCGUAUGUGACACGUAACUAAAAUUGAAAGUGUUUGUAAGGGCCUCGUAUAUAUCGGGAUUUUGAUUUCUAUUAUACAGGGAUGGACAAAAUCUGAACGCGUUGCAAAUGUGAAUCUGUUACAUCCGGUCUGGUUUUGUUUCCGAAUAGAGUGAGCAUUGCUUCUACAUUAAUAAGCAUAAUGGCAAAUUCUGCUUCUCAUGAAAUACCGGAGAGAGUUUUCUGUGUGUAGUGUUGUCAAACGAAAAUCCAAGGAAAAGUUUUUUUAUAAAUAAAUUAAAAAACGGAUUCCUUCGUGGAUGUGGCUACGCCGUUUUGUGGGCCAAAAUGAAUCCAACAUAUUCACUAAACUUGCCUCAUCUUUAAAGUGUUUCUGGUUCCCUCUGUUUAAUAAUGCUUGGGGACGACUGAGGUGAGAAGGGGCUUUGAGGUAGUUAAUAGUGGAAAGUUUAGACGAAGUUUGCACACAAGUGACCCGACGAUCGCCUGUGCAGGCGGCGGGGAGACGGAGCGAUUCAAUCAUGGGGAACGGAGUGUGUUCUCGGAGGCAGCGGAGAAUCUUCCAGUCUCUCCUUCUCAUCACGGUGCUUUUCGGAAUGAUUUAUGGCGGGAUGAUAUCGUAUGAGAUGCACAAUCAGUUGAAGAGGACUGAGGCGAUGGCUGUCAAGUACCAGCAACAUCAAGAGUCGCUCUCGGCGCAGCUUCAAGUGGUGUAUGAGCAUCGCUCGCGUCUAGAGAAGUCUCUGCAGAAGGAACGUAUGGAGCACAAGAAGGCCAAAGAGGAUUAUCUGGUGUAUAAACUUGAAGCCCAACAGUCACUGAACACGGAGAAGCAGGACUCCAGCAAUAAAUUCAACUCUUUACAUGGACAACACCAGAUGCUGAAGAAGCAGCAUGAGGACCUGAAGAAGCAGCACGAUGAGCUGCAGGAGCAGCAUCAGAUUCAGGGAGAGGACCACGGCAAGGCCUUGGACGAACACAAGGACCGCUUCGACAAACUACAGCAGACCAAAGAGAUGGAAGUCUCCAAACUCAAAGAGAAUGUGUAUAAUCUGCGAGAGGAGAAUAAGCAGCUGAGGAAAGCUCACCAGGACAUCAGAGUCCAGUUGCAGGAUGCACGGAUAGUACAUAAAGACUUGAAGGUUGCCCAUGAUCAGCUUGCACUGACGCUAGAAGACCACAAGAGCGCGCUGGUUGCAGCUCAGGUCCAGGUGGAAGAGUUUAAACAACUCAAAGAGACCCUGAUCAGAAUGCCCAGCCUUCGACGUGAUCAAAACCCCUCCCACCAACAUGUCCAGCCAGCUGCUGUAUUGUCCAAGCCCCAUGAACAGGGCCCACCCUCUCCACAGUCACAUCUGCAGGAAGAGGAAGUGGGCAAGCCAGAGUUCCAGUCUCAGCCUGCCCAGUCCCGCCAUGCCGAGAAAGGGGGAUAUGGGGAUGCAGAGGGGGAGGCAGAGAGGAGGAGAGAGCUGGAGGAGGAAGAGAUGGAGCAGGCGGGGCAGCCCCAGAAGCUGGAGGAGGAAUCUGAACAACCGCAGGAGGACGAGGGGUUGGAGGAGGAACAAGACCAGCCAGACGACAACGCUCUGGAACGUCAGAGACGCCAACCACAACUGGAUCCACAAAAUGACAUCCACCUCGUCCCUGAGACCCACCUUCAGCAGGAGGCCCACGUGACCCAGGAGCGGGUGAAGUCCGCCUACGAGCAGCAGCAGGAGCAGCAGCGCCUGGAGGCUGAGAGGACCCAGAGGACGAGGGAGCUCCAGCUGCGCCAGGAGGCCCUGCUGGCCCAGAGAAUGACCGUGCAGAGGGAGAGAGAGCUGCGUCUGCGAGCUCAGCGCGCGAGAGAGGAGGAGCAGCAUCGAGAGGCGGACCGCCGGGAACAGCUGCUGAAGGAGGAGCAGAUCAGGAAGAAGAGUAACUAUGAGAACGUGGACAAUGACAUCGUCCAAGGUGAUGAAGAACCUCAUACUGAUGAUGACGAAGAGAGGGACCCUCACAUGGAGCAUGAUGAGGAAGAGGAGCAAGAUGAGGAGGACCACCGCCGAGUACCACAACUACAGGAGGGGGCGGUAGAGGGCGACCCAGAGGAUGACCCUAAUAACCAGGGAGAGGAUGAGUUUGACGUGGCAGAGGAACAGCAUCUUCAGCAUAGGGAGGAAGAGGAGGCAGACACGCACCCUAACCCCAAUCACCCAGCCGUAGACGAGGAACUGGUGAUGGCAGUAAACCCCGACCAGCAGGAAGACAACCGGGAUGAGAUGUAUCCGGAGGACGAGGUGCAGGAGGAUUUGGCCGGGGGGCAGAAGAGGGAGGAGGAGGAGGAGCCAUACAACGAGGGGAACGAAGAACACGAAGAAGUGAAAGAGCAAGAGGUCCCAGCAGAGAAAGAGGGACAACACAGGACAGGAGAGAUCCACGAGGAGGAGAACUACGAAGACGAGGAGGUGGGGGUUGGACGGGACGAGCGGCCCAAUCGAAGGGAGAUGUGAGCUGGACAGAGACAUUGACCAAUGAGAGUGCCUUUCCCAAUCCCUGGGAGCCAAUCAGAUCUCACUAUUGUUCCCUCUAUAAAGGAGUAAAAUCAGGCACCCACUCGGCAUUCCUAUUGGAAUGUCUGUUGGACAUGGGAUGGUAUUCCCUUUUGUUUGUGUGUGGGACUGGAACAAAGAUUUUGGUUUAUUAGUUUUUCUCCUUUGCAAAGAUAAUCCAUCCACUUGACAGGUUUGUCAUAUCAUGAAGCUGAUUAAACCACAUGGUCAUAUUA